UGAUUCACUUGAUACAAAUUGUCAUGAAAAAAUUGAGAAAAUGAAUGCUCAGUUUUCUAAUGUUGAAUUUGUAUGUCGAAAAUCAAAUGAUGCUAUAUCAAGAGAUCUGGUAAAUAAAUUAUUAUCUUUAUUGGUUUAUUUUUGAAAAAAAAUGCUCGAACAGACAUUCAUAUAAUAAACUUAUGAAAUAUCUUAAGAAAAUAAAGUUAUAUAGUUUACGUAUGAUUUUCUAAAAAACGCCCCCCCAAUCUUUGGACGCUCGGGACACCCCUGUUUAUAUGAUCAUAAUUUUAUUGUUGUUAAAAUUAUUAUUCAUUGUAAAUAUCAAUGAAUAAUAAUUGAUUUUUCAAUAAAAUAAUAUAUUGAUUAAAGGGAAAAAAAAUAAAAUUGAUAAUAAGAAAAGUUAUUUGAAUAAUUGUUCUUCUUUUUUUGUUUAAUCUUAAUUAAUAAAUUAUAUUUAGAGUAGUAUCAAAUGAAGGAAGUCAAUGUUUAGCUAAUACAUGAAAAUUUCAAUUUGUUGAAACAUCUCCCUUCGAUAUUCGACUAAGAUAUAGAAAUAAAUAAAUUUAAAAAUAAAAAAGAAUGUUAAAGAAAUCUUUGAAAAAAAUAUUAAAGCAAUGAAUUAUAAUUAUUUAAAUGAAAAUGGGAUAAAUAUUGUUCAAAUGAUAAAACAAAAACAAUUAAUUACAUUAAUUUAUACUGAUUGACAGAGACAGAAACGAAAAAAAUAAAACAGAGGAAUAUUCGAAAAAAUAUUUUAUUAUUAUUUUUUGUUUUAUUUUAUGUUGUGAAAUAAAAUAAGAAGUUGAUGCACAGAGAAACAGUUUACUGUUAUAUUUUUUUAUUUUCAUAUUAAAUAGAACAUUUUCCAUUAAUAUCGAUUAUCUUUAAUCAAGCACUUCUUCUUUUUUUGUUUUUUUUUGAUAUGUUCGAUUAUAAAAGUGUUAAACAAUUUAAAUGUCUAAAACAUUUAUUUCCGAAUCGUAAAACAAAAACUGUUUGUUCGAUUUAGAUAAAAGAAGAAGACCAAUUUAGAAUGAUAUAAAAUAAUAAGUUUUGAAAAUUAUUAAGGACAAAUAAAACCUAUUGAUGGUAUUAAUCAAAACAGUAACAUUAAAAAAAUGCUUUCAUAAUGGAAUUUUCAUUGAUAAUGAUGAUGAUGAUUCAAAUAAUGUUAUUAUUAAAGCUAAAAAUAUAAUUGAUUUAAAUCUUUUAUCUCAACUAGAUUUUCAUUUUCAAAUUCCAAAAACAAUCUCAAUAACAAUUAAAAGCUGCACCUAUUGCUAUAAAUGGAAGAAAAACGAAUAAACAAGUUAAGCAACAUUCGUUUAUCAUUUAUUUCUAUCACCGGCCCGAAUCAGACAAAUAUUGAUCAUUUAAAUUAAUAUCAGAGACGAAUUAUAAAAUGAUAUUGAACUCGAAUCAGUUUAAUGAUCAUUUCAAUUUUACCCUCUUUUUAAAAAUUUGACAUCAACCAAAGAAGUUUGAAGGAAAUAUAUAUAUAUAUUUGUUUGAUAUUGAAUGUUAAUAACUCCGAUGAAUAUAAUCAUAUUAUUUGAAUAUUAAAAAAAAAUAAUUAUAUAUGAUUUAUCAUAAACUUAUAAUUAAUUUAAAUACAAAAAAUAAAAAAUAAUCAAAUGAAACAACAAAUCGUUUUUACUUUGAUUCAUCCAAUAGAUCAUUAAUUGAAAAUAUAUCUAUUGUACAUUCAUUUUCACAAAUUCAAGAUACAUACCGAUGUGAUCAAAUGAUACUUGAAGAUAAUAAUAGACCCGUAUUGAUUAUGAAUAAAUUCAAUUAUCUAUACACUAAAAAAAUUUUCAUCUGAAUAUUAUAUGGUUAUUCAAUAGAAAGAUGUAUUGAAUCAAUUGGUGGCUGUACAUGUGAUAUGUUAUUGCAUAUAUUAGGCGGUACACAAAGAUUCUUAAUUGAAAAUCGUCAUCAACUUUCAAAAAUUGUUAUUUUAACUUGUUUCAUGGAAGUGCAAUAUGCAUGUGCUAUUUGUAUUGAAGGAAUUAUAACAUAAAAAAAAAACAUUCGAAUUCUAUUCAACAUUAUUUUAUUGAAAAUAAACUUUUUCGAAUAACCAAUGUAUCACGUACAAUAAAAUUUAAUUAAAUUAUUUAUAAAUUAGUUCUUCCUCGAUCAUAUGUUGAUUUAAUAUUAAAUCGUUUUGAUGUUGCUAAUUAUUUUAAUUCAGUUUUAUUAGCAAAACCAUGGUAUUGUGAUAUAGUGCAAUAUUGUUCACGUCUUCAAACUUCAAUUAUUGAUGUUGAUCUACCAGUAGAUAGUAGAGCUAUUGAAUGUAAAUAUUCAUUAGUACCAUUAUUAAUACUUGUUUCAAUGUCAUCAAAAAACAUUGGAAGAAUUUAUCUUUGUGAUCUUGGAUUUAGACAAAAAGUUUUUCAACAUUUGCAUUGUCAUUUGACAACAAAUCAUUUUUUGCUUUACAUGAUAAUUAACUUAUAA